AUGCCCGAAGAUGCCGCGCCAAUAGCCCCCGCCCCCGCUUCUGAUCUCACCGCUGGUUCUAGUGAUGAUGAGAUAACAGUAGAGGAUGCUUCUUUUGCGCGUACUGAACUCCCCCAAGAUGGCAGUGCCCCACCUGUCGUAACAACUGAUAUGGAAGUUCUCCAUGAUAAAGUUAAGAAGCAAGUCAUUAAAGAAGGCCAUGGGAAGAUACCCUCAAAAUUUUCUACGUGCUUUGUGCAUUACAGAGCAUGGGUACAAAGCUCUAUGCAUAAAUUUGAGGAUACCUGGCAAGAACAGCAUCCAGUUGAAAUUGUCAUCGGAAAAGAGAAAAAGCAAAUGUCCGGUUUGGGUAUUGGUGUUGGUCACAUGAAAAGUGGGGAACGUGCACUGUUGCAUGUUAGCUGGGAGCUAGGCUAUGGGAAAGAAGGAAGCUUUUCAUUCCCGAAUGUCCCUCCAUCAGCAGACCUUAUAUAUGAAGUUGAACUCAUUGGUUUUGAUGAUGCUAAAGAGGGAAAAGCCCGUAGUGACAUGACGGUAGAAGAGAGGAUUGAAGCAGCGGAUAGGAGGAAGCUUGAGGGCAACGAUUACUUUAAAGAGAAGAAAUUUGAGGAGGCUAUGCAGCAAUACGAGAUGGCUGUUGCGUAUAUGGGAGAUGAUUUCAUGUUUCAGUUGUUUGGGAAGUACAGAGAUAUGGCUUUGGCUGUGAAAAACCCGUGCCAUCUCAACAUGGCUGCUUGCCUGAUCAAACAAAAGAGAUUUGACGAAGCUAUCGCACAGUGUAGCAUUGUGCUGUCAGAGGACGAAACCAACGUGAAAGCACUGUUCAGACGUGGAAAAGCUAGAGCCGAGCUCGGCCAGACAGAAUCAGCGAGGGAGGACUUUCUGAAAGCCAAGAAACACUCCCCGGAAGACAAGGAGAUCAUGCGGGAGCUUCGGUCGCUGGCGGAACAAGAUAAAGCGAUGUACCAGAAGCAGAGGGAGCUAUACAAAGGUCUGUUUGGGCCGAGGCCUCAGCCCAAACCCAAGGCCAAAAAUUUCGCCGUCCUCUUCUGGCAGUGGCUGGUGUCACUGCUCCGUUAUCUUGCCAGGAUGUUCACGCGCAAGAAUGACUAG